GAUAUUACACUCACCAAUCAAACAAACCAAGGAAAAGAAUUCAAAAGAAAGAAACAACAAAAAUGGCAAGAAGCAUGAAGUUAGCAUGUGUUGUUUUGGUGAUGUGCAUGGUAGCUAUUGCGCCUAUGGCAGAAGCUGCAGUCUCAUGUGGAACUGUAACUGCUGAUCUUGGUCCAUGCCUUACUUAUCUUACAGGUGGUCCUGGCCCUUCACCACAAUGCUGUGGAGGAGUGAAGAAGCUUCUUGCUGCCGCCACCACCGUGCCUGAUAAACAGGCUGCCUGUAACUGCUUGAAAUCAGCAGCCGGUUCUAUUUCAAAAUUGAAUACUAACAAUGCUGCUGCCCUCCCUGGCAAAUGUGGUGUCAACAUUCCUUACAAGAUCAGUACCUCCACCAACUGUAACACCAUUAAGUUUUGAAGAUGAUGUUGCGGUUUCCAGGAUCUCAUAUGGAAACAUCUCAGUAGUAUAUGGGAGUAAUAAUAAAUAUCCAAGUGAGAGUGAUAUAGGAUAAUCUUGCGUGUGGUCCUAUCCUGUUGUACUAGAUCUAUAUACUGUAUUGUCUCUUACUGUGUUGUUCUAUCAAUCUAGAUAGUGGCAUUUUAAUUUGAGUUUUUUAUUUUAAA